AUGGCCAUGACUCUCCCAAUUCCUUCUUCGCCUUCUGCGGGAAACUCUCCAGCUUCAGAGGAAUCGAACGCCCCACGCACCCCCCUCUCGCCCACUCUGCCUCUUCCAGCAGAGCAAGCUUCCAAUGCCAACACCCAGUCUGCUGCUGCUGCAGCGAAUGCAAACAACCAGGGACAGCCCAAGCGUAAACCAAGCAGGCGCGCAAACACGGCAGAACGCCGAGCAACUCACAAUGCUGUCGAACGCCAGAGAAGGGAGACACUGAAUGGCAGAUUUUUGGAUCUUGCUGCAUUGCUACCGAACCUUUCUCAGAUCCGUCGCCCGUCCAAGUCGUCCAUCGUAAACUCGUCCAUCGCCCACAUCCAUGCUUCUCGCCGCCAUCGUCUCCUGGCUGCCCGCGAGCUUCGCGCCAUGAAGGUUGAGGCCGAUGCUCUCCAUCGCGAGGUCAACAUCUGGAGAGACCGUGCCGGCCUCCCUCGUCUUGAAGAACCUGUUCGCAGCGAAGCCUUCAGCAUGGUCCUCUCUGGCGAACUCGAGGUCAUCGCUGCAGUUCCUGGCGAUGAUGAAGACGAAGACGGCCAAGGGUACGGCAAUUAUGGCGACGACGACGAAGACUUCGCCGGCCCAAUGGGCAACGUCCACGGAUCUCACGAUGACAUGGACGAACGCCAUGCUGGUCUCUCCAUGCUCAAGAACGCCAACGCCAACCCUUUUGCUCACAGCUUGCCACCCAACGCUGGCGGAAAUCAUCUUACCCACAUCCUUCCCAGGCCGGCCCAAGGCGGCCCGAUGAUCUCCAGCCCCACUGUUGCAACAUUCGAGAACCCCGCCAUGGGCGCCAUGUAUGAACAGCACGAGAGUGCCCAGCAUUUCAUGCAGCAGCAGUAUCCCGAUGUAGACAAGGUUACCGCAUGGAACACGACCCAACUCUACCAACAGCAAAGCAUGCUCCAGGCACAACGGUCCUUGUUUACUCCUCCCGCUACAUCUCAUGGUCUCCCCUCAAGCCAGUCCAACCCGUCUUACGCUGAUCAAGCUCUGUUCGCCAACUUCCAACGUCAACAGCAGCAACAACAGCAGCAGUUGGCCGCGAUGCAGCAGAACAACCAUGGUCACAUGUUUGGCUCUCCCGAGCGCGACGACGCAUCUUCUGUCGGCUCUGUGAACAUUAGUGACCACGGCCGUGGACGCAGCGGAAGUUUGGAGGCUGGCAGCGGCUACGGGUCCCCCGUCGGUGCGGGUCAUGUUUCUUCCUCACCCGGGAGCUUUGAGAUGCCCAGUGCGUUGUCGUCGGGCGAGUACAUCCCCCGACGGAUGACGAGUGGAGGAGCCGGUUUGCAUGUGAACACGGGCGUGUCUGGUGGUGCGCCGGGAUCGUGGGCUAGGGAUUCGGAUAUGAGCGGGAUGGGUGGGAUGAUGAAGCAGGGGCUCGCGUCGCCGCCGAUUAGCGUUGGUGGUGGCGGGAGUGGCACUGGCUUCGCCAUGAUGAUGUGA